CUGGCGGGCGGACGAGAGCAGCGGCACUGCCCGGGCCCCGGCGGUCGCGUCAUGGAGGACGAGCAGAGCUUCUCGGAUAUCUGUGGCGGCCGCCUGGCCCUGCAACGCCGCUACUACUCGCCGUGCUGCCGGGAGUUCUGCCUCAGCUGUCCGCGGCUCUCGUUGCGCUCGCUCACGGCUGUCACCUGCUCCGUGUGGCUGGCGGCCUACGGGCUCUUCACCCUCUGCGAGAACAGCAUGAUCCUCUCUGCCGCCAUCUUCAUCACCCUCGUAGGCCUGCUCGGUUAUCUUCAUUUUGUGAAGAUCGAUCAGGAGACUCUGUUAAUCAUCGAUUCCCUUGGCAUCCAGAUGACCUCAUCCUAUGCUUCAGGCAAAGAAAGCACCACCUUCAUAGAGAUGAGCAAGGUCAAGGAUAUUGUCAUCAAUGAGGCUAUUUACAUGCAGAAGGUGAUUUACUACCUCUGCAUUUUACUGAAGGACCCGGUGGAGCCGCAGGGGGUGUCCCAAGUAGUGCCUGUUUUCCAGAGUGCCAAACCUCGGCUCGACUGCUUGAUUGAGGUGUACAGGAGCUGCCAGGAGAUCCUGGCACACCAGAAAGCCACAGCCACAGGCCCGUGAGUCCCAGCAUUGAGAGGCCACUUUGUCUCCCACGGGCAGACUCCUAAGCCAGGUCGGCUACUGUGUCUUCUGUCCUCAAAGCGUCAAGUGGACAUAGCCCACGGAAACAGUAUGGAUGCAGUGGAUCGCUCGCUGCAGAGCAAGUGAUGCAAACACCGCUCGGUAUCUGUGUUUCGUAGUGCUCCCCCGGUGAGGCGCUGCCUGCCUCCCCAGCUCAGGGGAGAUCUUGACUCCGACGUGCGUGGCAAAAGCAGAUUCAGGAGAGAGCACUUUGUGAAAUUCCUAAGCACAUUCAGUCUUACUUUGUGUUGAGAUUUGUGAAGACAACGGGAAGCUGACAUCAGAUCUCUUGAGAGAGGUAUAGUUUCCAGUUUCAUAAUGGUCCCUGUAUGAAGUUAAGGGGGAAAAAGCCAAGACCCUCGGGCAUGGGUGAGCAGGAAGCAAUGUCCUCCAACACGAACCUCUGUCACCCGGCUCCUGUGUUCUGGGCCGAGUUACCUCGUGAUUUUCUUAAUAAACAGCUUUGUUCAAAACAUUCACCACAA